AACUCCCGUCAUUCUGUUGUUUGUCAAUCUCAUUUCAUGAAUUCUUUCUGAUAUAUUAUUCAUUACAGUAAUUGAUUCAUUCGGAAAAAUCCCAAGCGGUUUGUUGGAAGGCAAUAUUCUUUCCCUUGGCAACUACGAGGAAUGCGCAGAUAUCGUUGUCAGCAAGGAACCUGCUCAGAGUGGCACGCUUAUAGGGAAACCGUGUUCCGCCUAUUUCGAUCUUCCCACUUACAGUCUUUUCGUAGACAUGAUUAACAACUGUACGUCAGAAAAGUACUCAUUGUGCGAGGGUACUAAAAGUGGACUGUCAGCAGUUUGGGGAUUUUGCGCUCCAAAAUCGUGCAAGGCUUCGGAACUGGCGAUUCUGACGCAAACUUUUUUCAACGUUUCGCCUUUGUGCCAACCUCGCUUUCUAUGUAGCGAAGAUCUUCACCUGUCCAGCGAUUAUGAAGCGAUUUUGGUGACAGCUGUGAUGUGCGCCCUUGGAGCGUUGGCGAUCGUUGGAACGAUGUUCGAGGCUUUCCAUGACCAGCCUACCUCCCAAUGCACCGAAAUAUCGACGGCUGGCGAGCACGCGGUACACAUCAACCAAGAUUGGAAAGGCGAGGUGAUUCGAGGUUUUGCGGUUCAGAGAAAUAUGAACGACUUGGGAAUAGUGUCUAACGGCGAAAUACGCUGUUUGCACGGCAUCAGAACUCUGAGCAUGUGGUGGGCGAUAUGCGGAAGGACAGUGGUUCUUUCCAUAAGCGCCGUUGACAACGGACUCGGCGCUCUGCAUAUGCUGGGCAGUUUUCAAGGGCAAUUAGUCAACAGCUCUGCUCUCGCUGCAGAUACGUUUUUAACGCUCAGCGGACUUUUGCUCAGUCUCUGGUUCUUCAAAAAACUGGAUCCGAGAAAGUGGAAACUCAAUAGUCUGCGCAAUUGGUCGAAUUUCUACUUUCGGCGUUUGUUGAGGAUAUGCCCUACCUACUUCAUGAUGCUCGGUUUCGCUGCUACGCUGUUUCCGUAUCUUGGCAAUGGUCCGUUGUGGAUUGGCAAAAUGCCAGGAGUUUUGACGCCUCAUUCAUGCCGAUAUUCCUGGUGGACGAACAUUAUGUUUCUAAACAAUUAUUUUGCCGUUCAGCAGCCAUGCAUGGGUUGGUCCUGGUUCAUUGCUGUCGAAAUGCAGCUGUUUGUUUUCUCGCCAGUUCUUCUCAUCCUGUACAGGAGUAAACCCAAACUUGCAUACACGUUUUCUGCCGUACUUGUUUUCGCGUUUGCCGCUCUUCAUGGGUAUUAUGUGGCUAGCAGAGGAUACCCACCAGCGAUGGUUGGUACCGAAAACCUGUACCAGAUGGAGAAAUUGGGUGAUUAUUUUACCCAUGUUUUCAUCAAACCUUAUACGCAUGUGCCGUCGUAUUUAAUUGGCUUGUCAUUUGGAUACUUCCUCACUACCAAUCAAUCGACGCGCUUCAAUAUUAAGAAGCGUCUGGAAAUGAUUCUUUGGCUGUUAGCCAUUGCUGUAAAUUUUGCGACCGUAUUUGGCGUGUACCAGUACGCUAAAGGCGAUCGUUUGUCACAGGCGAUAUAUCGAGCUGUGUCGGUAACGAUGAUAUCGUAUCUGAUCGCUCUUGUCGCUUAUGUUGGUGUGGAAGCACCAUUUAUCAACUUACGGGACCUGCUUUUCCGACAGCUGGCCAAAACUGAAGCGACAGCAUUGAAAAUAUAA